AUGCUUGACUUGUUAGAAACAAAAGAACAAAGAGAAGCUUUUCUCGACAGAUAUGACAAUUUCUUGUUUGAUUGUGAUGGUGUCUUAUGGGAAGGUAAUCGCAUGUUAGAAGGUGUCAAGGAAGCCAUGACUAUUUUGCGUGAAAAAGGCAAGCGUAUCUUUUUUGUAACAAACAACAGCACCAAGUCGCGUUCUUCUUUUUUAAAGAAAUUUGAGGGCUUUGGUGUCAAGGCAACAGAGGAAGAAGUCUUUAGUUCUGCUUUUGCUACUGCUUCCUACCUUAAGCAUGUCCUCAAGUUUCCUCAAGAUAAAAAAGUCUAUAUCAUUGGUAUGAAUGGUAUUCGUGAUGAACUGGCUUCGGAGGGCAUUCGUAGUUGUGGCGGUGAAGAAGACUCUGGAUUGUUUGAUAAUGAACCUGUUCCAGAUGAUAAAGAGGUCGGCGCCGUGGUGAUUGGCCUUGAUACACAAGUCAAUUACAAGAAAUAUGCCAAAGCAUUUGCUUAUUUGCAAAGAAACGAAGGAUGUUAUUUCAUUGUCACUAAUGAAGAUUCUACUUUUCCUCAACAUGGAUCAUUUUAUCCUGGUGCAGGAUCCAUUGCUGCUGUUAUUAUCAAUGCCCUUGGUAGACGUCCUGAUGCUGUCUUGGGUAAACCUGCUCAAAAUAUGAUGAAGGCUAUUUUUGCCGAGUACCAACUUGACCCUAAAAAGACAUGUAUGAUUGGUGAUAGAUUAGACACAGACAUUGAAUUUGGUGCUAAUGGUGGACUUGAUACUUUAUGUGUUUUGACAGGUAUCACUACAAAAGAGCAACUUUUGUCUCCUGAGAACAAGAUCAGAUCCACUUAUUAUAUGGCAUCUUUUGAAUGGAAGGAAGCCUUCUCUUUAUAUGACAAGAAGGGCAACAGUACUGUCUCUUCUGCUAACCUUGGUGACCUUUUAAGAGGCCUUGGUCAAAACCCUACUCAAGCUGAAGUUGCUGAACUCGUUAAGGAUACUGCUAAAUCUAAAAAUGUUCCUGAAACCCAAGAAUUUGAUAUUGAUUUUGGUACCUUUUUGUCUAUCCUUACACGUCCUGAUGGUUUCAAGCCUGCAGGUACAUCUCAAGAAUUUAUUCAAGGCUUCCAAGUCUUUGAUAAGGAAGGUGAUGGUUACAUCUCUGCUGGUGAAUUACGCUAUGUCUUGACCAAUCUUGGUGAGAAAUUAAGUGAAGAUGAAGUGAACGAACUUUUAAAGGAAGUUGAAGUUGGUAAAGAUGGUCGUAUCAACUAUGUUGACUUUGUUACUGUCAUCUUAUCCAACUAA